CGAUAAGGUCUGAUAACUGUUGCUUUGUUCAGCAUAUGAUCACUGUGACUCGUGCAGGUAUGGCGAAACAUUUCCAGAGGUGGUUGUUUGUCAUCGUCAUCCAUCUGGGAGCAAUACUGCAUGACUCGUAUGGUCUGAGAUGCCUUGAGUGUCAGGAAGUGUUCAAGCCAGAGGACUGCUUACUGUCUGGUGACUGUGGUCAAGAUGAGCUGUGCUUGACCCGGUCAUUCACAGACGCCAAAGGGAGGCACGCCUACAGACUUGGCUGUGAGACCACUGAGGUGUGUGACUUAUACAAGCAUACGGGGGUUCUGAUUGGUAAACGAGCUACGGGACAAGAGCGGCCAUGUCGGCAGUGUUGUUCCCAUGACAACUGUAACGAAAAACUCUGCGCAGAAUCCGCGACAAACGCCACAUUGCCAACAUCAACUCCCGCCAGAGACUGUCUGUCCCGCCUUGAACAGGGCGUGACGUCAUCAGGAGUGUACUCGGUGACCCCAGAUGGCGGAACCCCCUUCAACGUCUACUGCGACAUGACUGGAGACAAGGGAGGCUGGGCGGUUGUUCAAAGGCGAGUGGACGACACAGUCGCAUUUGACAAGAACUGGAAUCAGUAUAAGAAGGGCUUUGGUUCACUGGAUGGGAACUUUUGGCUUGGUAAUGACCAUCUCCAUCGUCUAACCAGUCAGACAGGACGAAACUAUACACUCAGGUUCGAGUUGACAGUCCCCAAUGGAACAGUGUAUCAGGCGUUCUACUACGACUUCACCGUGGCCAGUGAGGCUGAAAAGUACAGGGUGAACUUCACAGGCUACAGUGGAAAUGCAGGCGACAGUUUCUCCGCACAUAACCGCAUGCAAUUCACAACGUUCGACUCUGAUCACGACCGCUAUGAGUACAACUGUGGUGAAAGGUGUAAAGGUGGAUGGUGGUAUGAUGAUUGCUACCACGUGAACAUUAACGGUGUGUAUGGUGUGCUAGGAUUGAAAGGGCUGAUAUGGGACAGUCUGACAGGGUCGUUCCAUACCCUGAAGGCGACGUCUAUGGCCAUCAGGAAGCAGCUGAGCAGGUAGCUGCUGACAGUGAUGACUCAAUUCAAUAAAGAGAUGGAUCUGUA